CUUGAAUCGAGAUUUCCAGCGGAGAAUUUCCAGCAGCUCCUCCCUUCCCCUGGCAUUCUCGUCGGAAUUUAAUCCGCACAACUGUUGGCAGCUGCCAUCAUGUGACUUGACGAUACCUUCUUGCCGGCUUCCAUCAUUCCAUCUCGGAGUAGAGACGCAGCAGAGUCAACGAAAGAAUAAGUCGAAAUGACACGGAAAUGAGACUCUUUCAUUUUGUCACUUGUCUCGGUCCAGAACGGCUAGGGCCACGGUGAGCCCUGGAAGACGAAGAAGAGGAAGGAAGGACAGGAGGCGUACAGCUAUGGCAGGCGCCGGCAACGACGGUGAUGAGAUGGUAUUCCCCGCGUCGCAGGCGAGCUCGCAUUUCCCUCUCGAGCCGGUCUCCGCGGCCGUCCUCUGCAGUCGGGAGACGAAGCGCAGAGAUGCGGCGGUGGCGAGGGGUCGAGUUCAGGUCGGGAGCCGGGAGGUCGAUGGGGAGGUCCUCUGUGGCGGGUUCGAGAGGGGUAGUGUUGUUGGGCUUAGUUCUGAGAGUGAGCAGAUGGGAAUUUUGGUGAGUCUCUUUCUGCAUUGGGGGAUUCAGGGAAAAUCUGCUGACUUGUUAUUUCUAGAUUUCGAUGCAGGCGCUGGCGAAGACGCUCUGCGGAGAGGAGCCCGAGAGUGAUGGGAGAGGCGUGGAGGCCAGGGUGAUGAUUGUCACGACGCAGCCCCCUGCGGCUAUUCUUCCGCCGCUGAGGGACGCCAUUCGAACGGAGCUCGUGGUGCGCGGCACCGCUGAGGCGGAUGUGGUGACGAGGUUGAGGCGGUGUUUGGGAAGGGUUUCUGUCUCGAGGGUGUUUGAUCUCGAGGGCUUGUGGGAGGCUCUUGGGGACUUGGAUAUUCCGCCUGAGAGCCCUGAGCCGCGUAUGGUCUCCUCUCCGGGUUUUCGGGCUCCGUCUGGAGACCGGUUGGAGAAGGAUGACGAUAAGCAUCUUACGGGAGGCGAGAAAAAGGAUGAAGGGGUUGCGGAAGCCUCGGCCGGUGUGGAAGCUCCUGCUGAGGAUGCGGCGAAUUCAUCGAGGAGACAUGAGCAUGCUGCGCCUGAGCCGGAAGUAUCUCAACAGCCUGAGAGGAUUGUGUUGCCUGAACUGAAGCCGCGGCCUCAGCCGACCAAGUCUACGAGGACGGAGAUCGCCGACAGCGACGAGGAUGACGACGAGGACGCCAUCUCGCUACCAUCUUCGUCGUCGUCUUCGCUGUCACCGCCGCCUUCGUCAAUUCGGUCACCGACACCGUUUAUGACUGCAGCUUCUCCCGAGAGAGAAGCGGUUGAAGAGGAAGUCACUGAAGGCGCAGAGGGGGAAGGAUUCAACAAUCACGCGGAAGAAACACCAGACCAAGUCACAGAAGAGCUUCAUGAGGAGGAGACUGUGAGCAGACCACCACAGCCAGAAAACGAGCCUCUCGACGCCAUCCCAGCCGUAGCAGCAGCAGAAGCGGCAGAAGCGACAGCAGCAACAGCGCCCGAGAGCAGAUCCCCAGAAGACGACCAUUCGAAACUUCCAGCCUUGCCGGAUAUCAUCCUGAUCACGCACUUCCACAGCCUCAUGACGGCGCUCUUCACCCGCCGCGACCGUCAAUCCGCGCAUGAUUCGCUCCAACGCCUCUCCUCCCACUUACGGUAUCUAUCCAGGAACCUGGAGUCCAGCCCGUUGAUCAUGCUCCUCAACAGCACGAGCUCUUCAAAGGAGCCGACGACAUCCAAGCCCGCGGAUGCCCAGGGAGGUCCGCCGCCGCCGCCGCCGCCACCGAUUGGAGGAGAUCAUUUCACUGGUAGCAGUGGAAAGGCGGUCGACCCGACACUUCGAUCCAUCUUCAACCCACCUGCGUUAAAUAUCACGGGUUACGGCUACGGCGGGAACCAGGCGGCGUCGAGGCGGAAUAAACCGACCUUUGGGCUUGUUUUUUCGCAGCUACUUGAUUUGCACCUGCUGUGUACGAAGAUACCUAGAGAUAAGGAGGAUGCUGAGAGGUUGUAUGCCUCUGCGCCUGGGAGUGGUGGGGAGGAUGAUGGUACAGGAGGCGUGAGGUUUGUCUGGGCUUUGGAGGUUCUUCUUGACGAGAAUGGUGUUUGGGAGCACGGGACGGGAGCGGAAUCGGGAGGAAGAAGAAGGGUCCCGAGAAAGAGCAGAGAGCAGAGAUGGGGUGUUAUUGAUGUCAGGGGCGGGCGGGUUGUGGAUGCCUUCGAGGCGGUGGAAAAGAAGGUUGGGGAGAUUCGGGUCGUUGGCGGGUUCGGGGGCCCGAGAGUGUGAGCUCGCCUGCCUUCGUACAACUCUUUACGGCAUCACCAUGUCAAUCCUCUGAGAUGAGACAAAAAAAAGGACGAUGCAAAAUAGCCGCGGGACACACUUCCUGAAUCUAUCGCUGCGGACGGGCGGUCAUCAUGCCUUUUGGACCCGAUAUUCUCGUCGACUCAGGUGACGGCACCUUGUUGUCCUACACAACCGCCAAGACACGACUUUGAUGCAUUCUCAACCAGUCAAAGCCAAC